AUGGCAGCCAUCUUGCUAACAUUCACCUGGGCUAACCCCCUCUACUUCGGGCCGCAACCACCCACGCGAGCAGACUACCGCAGAGCCAUGGUAGCAAUGGCGUACAUAGCACCCUUCAGCCGGCUGCCCCCGGAACUGCGCCUCAUGGUAGCCGAACACAUGGACAUGUCCGACAUCGCGGUGCUGACACUCAGCCACCCGCCCCUGCGGCGGAUUCCGGGCUUUGUGCCGAUUCUCAGAGGCGACGACCGCUUCAACUUCCUGAACAUCAUCUUGCGCGACCUUCCCAUCCUGUACUACUGCGCUGACUGCGAGUGCUUCCAUACUUCGCUGUUCGGCCCUACUUGUUCCGCCUAUGGUCUUCCGUCUAUCGCCUGGCUUCGUCCCAUUGCUGCAUCGCAUUGUCCCAUUGUUCAAUCUUUCGGCGUAACGCUUUGCCCCUUGCAGUUCUUGGAUGCGGUCAGGAGGGUGAGACAACACCCGAUCAACGUGGACGAGGAUGUUUGA